AUGAACCGCCUCAUAUCAGUCAUGACAUCCAGGCAUCCAGCUGAAGCUUUGCGGCCAAAUUCUCCUUCAGCUAGAGUGCUGUCAGACUUUCUCGAGUACCUUGGGGCUUGGGAACAGCAUGCAGGUGGUGCUGGAGGAUUCUUCAGUGAAUCGACAGCUGUGGGUCUUCGGGUUACCCUAACGAGCACACUUGAGCUCCUUUCAUACCUUAGCACAAUAGGUUACAGGUAUUUAAUGACAUCAAGGUUGAGCCAAGACCCUCUAGAAAAUAUAUUUGGUAUCGUCAGACAAUCUUCUGGGUGCAACGACCACCCGACCCCGACCCAGUUCCUUGUAACCAUGAACUGCCUGUCUUUCUACAGCCUUAUAAAAACUGUAAGGUAUGGCAAUUCUGACCCAUGUGCAGUGAGCGCUUCGUUAGAUGCCACAGCAAGUGAUAGCACAAGCGCACCAAGCAACAACCUGUGGGAAAGGGUCGAUGCAUUCAUUGAGUCUGGAAACCUGCAAGCCGCAGAGAGGGCUCUGACCGUUUCCCAUGACCACAGCCAGCACAUAGAGAAGAGUGACUCUAGGUUAACAUAUUAUGUCGCUGGCUACGUCGCACGAAAAUGUGUGUUGAAGACAAAGUGUGAAGCUUGUAAACAGACUUUGACAGUUCCAGCCAGUGAGGAGGACUCUGAAAUCGCUGAGCUCACGCGGCUCAGGGAUAAGGGGGGGCUGUUGUAUCCACGUGGGGCGCUGUUUAACUUUGUGGAAACUCUAGAAAACUUGUUUACGGAAUGCUUCAGCAAGAGUAAGUUGCACUGUGAAAGCAUUCUGGAUGUGCUGAGUUUGGCAAAGGAGAAAUGCACUAGCACGAUCGGAUGCAGUGAACAUGCCACUGAGCUGACCUUGAAAGUAGUCAGCUUCUAUAUAACUACCCGCCUGCAUUUCUUCGUGAAAGGGGUUAAUGCGGAGAAGCGAAACAAGAGGCAAACAAUGAAGCUUCGUAAGAUGAGCAAGUGCACCUAA